GCAUUUGGAAGUAGCAACUAGUGUAUAUAUAGACAAACAAACCAGAUAAACCUUACAACACAAGAGACCAGACAGCUAAAGCUAAAAAAUCAUGCACUCUCUGAGGUCCCUUCUAGCAUGUCUUUUGGUUCUGUCAUCAAUUUCACUCACAACUUCAGUUUCAAUUGAAGAAACUUUCAACCAUUGUCUAACACUCCAUUCUAAUUCCCCAAACCAAUUUCCCUCAGCAAUCUAUACUAAUAAAAAUGGCUCAUACUCUUCCAUCCUUGAGUCCACUGCCCAAAAUCUAAGGUACUUGUUGCCUUCAGUGCCAAAACCAGAUUUCAUAUUCACCCCAUUCCAUGACUCUCAAGUCCAAUCAGCUGUAAUAUGUGCAAGAAAGCUUGGAAUUCACAUGAGAGUUCGAAGCGGUGGCCAUGACUAUGAAGGGCUCUCUUUUACUUCCCUGAUUGAGAAGCCAUUCAUGAUCCUAGACCUGGUCAAGCUCCGCGGAAUCAACGUUGACAUUGCACACAACAGUGCUUGGAUCCAAGCUGGUGCAACAGUUGGUGAAGUCUAUUACAGAAUUUCAGAGAAAAGUGCAAUCCAUGGCUUCCCUGCAGGGCUUUGCACAACAUUGGGAAUUGGUGGACACAUCACAGGAGGUGCAUAUGGUUCCAUGAUGAGAAAGUUUGGCCUUGGUGCUGACAAUGUUCUAGAUGCUAAAAUUGUUGAUGCUAAUGGCAGGAUUCUAGACAGAAAAGCCAUGGGGGAGGAUCUAUUUUGGGCUAUAAGAGGAGGUGGAGGUGGAAGCUUUGGUGUUAUUCUCUGGUGGAAGAUCAAGCUAGUUCCUGUGCCAAAAACUGUGACAGUUUUCACAGUAACUAAAAGCUUAGAACAAGGAGCAAACAAGCUUCUCUAUAGAUGGCAGCAGGUAGCACCAAAUAUUGAUGAGAAUCUCUUCAUUAGGGUAUUCAUUCAAACAGGUAAUGGGAGUGUUCCAGGUCAGAGAACUGUGACCACUUCUUACAAUGCCCUUUUUCUUGGUGGUGCUGUAAACCUUCUCAAAAUCAUGAAACAAAGCUUUCCUGAAUUGGGUUUGACAAGAAAAGAUUGUUUGGAAACUAGUUGGAUCAAAUCUGUGCUUUAUAUAGCUGGCUAUCCAAAUCAAACACCCCCAGAAGUUCUGCUCCAAGCAAAACCAACAUCCAAGGCUUAUUUUAAAGCAAAGUCAGAUUUUGUGAGGCAAGUUAUCCCAGAAAAUUCCCUCAACACACUAUGGAAAGUUUUUCUGCAGGAGGAUGGACCUUUGAUGAUUUGGAACCCCUAUGGAGGAAUGAUGAGUAAGAUUGCAGAAUCUGCAAUCCCUUUUCCUCACAGAAAGGGAACUCUUUACAAGAUUCAGUAUGUGACUGGUUGGAUUGAUGGAGAGAAGAACAUGGCAAAGCAUAUGAAAUGGAUCAGGAAAUUUUACUCCUAUACUGCUCCUUAUGUUUCAAAGUAUCCAAGGGAAGCUUAUGUGAAUUAUAGAGAUUUGGAUAUUGGGAUGAACCAGAAGAAUGGAACAAGCUUUUCACAGGCUUCCUCUUUGGGUUCUAAGUAUUUCAAGGGUAACUUCAACAGGUUGGUAAUGGUGAAAAGUAGAGUUGAUCCAUCCAAUUUCUUUAGGCAUGAGCAGAGUAUCCCUGUUUUGCCAAUUGGUAAGAAAUGGUAGAGGGAGGAAGAGAAGAAGAUCAAAGAGGUGUGGCUGGCUAGAUUGCUAGAUCAAUUAUCAGUAUCACAAGUAUGGUUAAAUCUGUAUACUAGUUGAAGUAUUAGCUGAAGAAUAAUUAUCCUGAUACAUGUAUUUCUAUUCCGUAUUAGCUAUUUUAUAGCAUGUUUGAAUCAAUUUCACUUUUAUAAAGACCGAUUCUAAAAUUCAGAA